CUGUUUGCUUUUUACCAGUUGAGUAUGGCAUUAUGUCGGAUUAGGCUUCUGUUCUGUCCUGGGAGGGUAGGUCGUCGCUGUGAGCGUCAAUCUCAAUCCGAAAUACACAAAAAUUCUAUAAUGCGACAUGAAAGCCUACUGGGGCUUGAUUUCGACAUACCAUCUUUUGUCAUGAAGAACAAGCAAAAAGAAAAUGUCAUCUACAAACAUUUACCGGAGCCGGUGCAGUUUCAGCCGAUAGACCCUUCACGGCCGAGGCAAAAUGAAGAUCUCACAUACAAUGUCAAUCUAUUUAGAUCGGAGAGACUGAUCGCAUGGAAUCCAACAGGUCCUGUCAACGAUGUCUCAGAUGGUGAGAUAGCUGAAGCUAGCUUGCCUAGACAACAGUUACCGAAUACUGAAUAUAUUAAUGUAGUUCGGAAUGUAGUGUUAUCCUCGUUGAAUGAAUUGGUCCGCUUAGGAAGGCAAGCAGAAGCCGCAUCUUUAUUCGAGACUUAUUCCUACUAUUGCCCUGCCAUACGCUUUGAUUCAGUGAUUGUAUGCAAGAUGUUAAUCACUUAUUGUAAAAUGAGCCUUUUCCUGCAUUCUAAACAGCUCUUCAAUGAUCUGGCUCGCGAAGCACCCCAAAGGCUCGACAACAGAAUUUUCAGUGUCAUCAUAGAAAUGUAUUUAUAUUUAUCUGACUUCGAAACGUCAGAACGCUUAUAUAGUCUAAUGAUAUCAAUGCACAUCCCUCCAACCAUCGCAACAUUCACCGUAAUGCUCAAAUAUUACGUGCGCAAUCGCAUGCACGACCGAGUCCGUGAUGUCCUUCAAAGAAUGCAGGAAUCUCAGCUUGAACGAGACGGCGUUUUUUAUUACACUUUACUUUGUAGCUGCGCCGAGAUUGGAGAAUUUGAGGAAUACGAUUCAUUGCAAUCCAAGCUAAGCAAUUUGGAGAUAGAGAUUACCCCAAAAGCUAGAUGCAGACUCGCAAAUGCAUUCACUAUAUAUAAACAAACAUGCAGAUUUAAAUCCUUACUUAAAGAGAUGAAGGCCGAAAAUAUCAUUCCAGAUGCGGAUUUCUAUAAUACAAUUAUCAAAGCAUGUUCGAGAGCCGGAAACGUCUAUGGUGCUCUUAAAUUGUAUGAGGAGAUGAAAAUGCUCGGAAUUUAUCCAACCGUGGAUACUUUCUCCGUCCUGAUCAAUAUGUACGCGCGUGCGCGUGUACCACCUAACGAAUGUCACCUUUUCAUCAAGCAAAUUUGGCAAGAAAUGCUGAACCUCGGUGUACAUCCUGAUUGCCACGUCUACGGCUCAAUCCUUCACGCAUAUAGAAAAUCAAUGAACCUCCAGAAAUUUACGGAAACACUUAAUGACAUGAAAGACCGUAACGUCGCCCCCAACAUGAUCGUCUAUUGCGAAAUCUACCAAUUUUUUGCGUACAACUUGAAAUCUUUUGACACCUGCGAAAAAAUCUAUCAAGAAAUACAAUCGAAGAAAUUCUGGCUAGACCUUCCCUUCUAUACGGUCUUAUUCGAAACGCAUAUCGUAUACGACAAAUCUGAUAAAGUACCUGGAAUUUUCCAGCUCAUGCUCGAUCAUUAUGUAGUUCCAGAUAUUCUAGCCUAUGUUUACUUAAUAAUUGCAUACGCCGAUCUAGGCAUGAUGAGCAAGGCCGAAGACGUCUUUCUUCAAUCGCUCAUCACGCCUGCAGACAUGAUGAAAAUAUCAAUUCGAGCACUUACUAAAUGUGCUACCUUGCCUCAAAAACCAGGGCGACUUCAAUAUCUUCAAAGUGCUAUUGAGCAACUAUGGAAAUUGAAACAAGGAACAGCAUGAACAGCGUUCUCCUUCCUCUCGAUCUCAAAUAACAGUAAUAACCCGGAUCUCUGAAAAGCCUUGCAAGCUUCGCAGAGAGUUCUCUGAUAGAAAAUACAACACAAAAGCAGACUGUAGGUCGAAAAUAUGGAACAAUGCAUAGGCCACAAAUCUCCAGAAAGCAAAGAACACAUGCAACAGAAAGGGGUAUUUUAUGUGGUUUCGUCCGUUUUCAUCUCGUGGAAGCAAAGCAAGUUAAGACAUUUUCUUUAUAAGGGAAGGUUUGCUGAAUCUGAUACUUUUUGUGCAAUAUUGAGAUAUUGCAAACGUUUUGUGUUUCUGAUGUCCACAGUAUAUUCUUAUGUUGGUAUACAUCGUAGACGGCUGAUUAUACAAUUAAACUUUAGUCAACACUAUGGUCCUGCACGACAUACAGCUGGCUUUUAGAGAUUUCCCAUAUUUGACCGAUGACAGACAAAAGACGUUUUUUGUGGAAGAAUGCUAGAUUUUUUUUAUCUUUUGUGCAAUUGUAAAAAUGAAAAAAAUGAGAGUUUAGGCAUUUGGUCUAUAACUGGAAUUAUAUCACUUUUGCAGUUGGGUGUUUCAAUCUCGAGGUGCUUGAGUCCGCAAGUUUUCGUGCUCAGAGUGAAAACCCGUUAACCCUGUCCGAGAGGCAGUAACCCCUUGAAACCUUGGUGCUGUAGCAUUGUACCUCAGAUACAAAAACGAAAUUCAAAACCGUUCGAAAUCUCAGUUUUAAGGUCAGCGUACGAACCACAGGCUGUGAAACCGCCCGUUGAAAUGCCAUCGAAUUAUCAAGAGAUUAUUGUUAUGAAAGGACCCGCGCUGAAGAAGGUAGAUGAGGGUGAAGAAGAUGAUGACCAAUGGGAUAGGUGCUACUUGGUUUUGCGCUCUAGGAAGCUAGAGGUUCAUUCUUUUUGUCCUAGCUCAGGCAUAUUUGGAAUGGAGUCGCUUCAGUACAAAAUCGAUUUGACUGAUGCACGUCUGAUUGUAUCAACGAAGGUCCAUAUAUUCAAAAUUUUUUACAUAGGUCACUAUUACGAGUUCCAGGUGGAAUCCGAUGCGAACGUGUGGAUCGCUCUCAUUCGUUCGGUCGUCUCUUGUGUUGACAGUCAGGACGGCAACUUCGAAGAAGAGGAGCCAUUUCAGGCAGCUGAUUUAAAAAAAAAAAAACCUCUUUUGUACAUAAACCAACGCCGCUCAAAGUUUUGCAAUCAAAUUUGAUUCGCGAGUCGAAGCUUGCCAUAUGCGCGGAAUGCCAUUCGCCAAAUGUCAGUUGGUGCUCUGUAUUGUUUGGCAUCUUCAUUUGUGGAAUGUGCGCACAGGUUCAUCAGUUUAUUAGAUUUAGACAACCUCUUGUCAAAGAGAUUGACGCGGAUGAUUGGAAUUAUCAAGAACUUCGUAGUGUUUUGGUUAUGAAAAAUGAGAAGUCCAAUAGUUUUUGGGAAGCCCGACUUAAUCCGUCUCAGCGCCCACGUCUCUCUGAUCUACCGUCAGUACGUAGCUGGCUGCUCAGAAAAUAUCUCCAAAGAGAGUUUACACCGAGCGGAACUCGAUUCGAGCACAUAGAAAGUUUCAUCCCUUUUGAUUUAACUCUGCCUUGGAGCGUUAUCUCUGCUGUAUCUGCAUCAAACCUCGAAUAUUUGGAGUUCGAAUCGCCGUCCCCCCCCCCUCAAUCAUCCACACCAGGUGAAAAAACGUUUAGAUGAUGGUAUCGAGAACUACAAAAAGCAUCGAGUACUCAAAGUUCACGGUAGUGAUAGCCCGAUCAUUAGGCAGAAGGCCUUCAAUUCCGAAGCUCUUAGAAAAUACAUCAACAAUCCGGAUAAACUGAAGAACGCAUUGUUGUUCCUGUUAACAGACUCGGACUUCAGGUAUCAACUAUUAUCCUUGCUCAAGUGAGAUGCUAGACAACCGAUUCCGCCCUCCCUCUGCUGCGUACGUACAUUGGUGCGUACAUGGUAUACAUAUGCAGGGUGCACGAGAAUAAACACCAUCUAUCUUCACCUGA